GGAAAAAGUUCGGCUUUUGGGAAAGAGAGAGAGGUAGACAAGGCAAGCUAGACAACUUUGUUUUUUCGUCUUUAGAAGGUAUAGGUUUGUAGGCUACUGUUUGAGAGGGUAUGGAGACAGCCAAGAGCUUCCAGACGCAGCUCAUUCCUCCAUUCAGGUAUGCGAUUGUGGAAGAAUCGCUGUACAGGGGGGCUUACCCAACGAUGAAGAACUUUAGAUUCUUGAAGCGGCUACACUUGAAGACGAUAGUAUCGCUCACUCCGGAGGCUCAACCCAACAAAGAUCUCAGGAGCUUUUGUCAAGACCAAGGGAUCCAUCUGCAGCACUUUCAUGUGGACAAAUUCCAGGAUGUCGUGACACUCUCCCACAACCAAGUUGUGGAAAUCCUUCACAAGAUAAUCUCCGUGGAGAAUUUGCCGGCUUACUUGCACUGCUUGGAUGGAGCUCAUGUCACCGGCCUUGUGGUAAUGUGUCUGAGAAAGCUCCAGUGCUGGAACUUAUCGACAUCGACGGCGGAGUUUUGUCGAUUCCAGAGAACCGGAGAGAUUUCUCGAGAGGAGUCCCAGUUUGUGGAGUCCUUUCAAGGGAGCAUACUCAUUCCUCCAAGGAUUCCACAAUGGCUCUGGCAAGGCGUUCGAACUGUCAACCAUCCCAUCUUUCGCUUGACUUACCUCCCAGACGAAGAGAGUGAUGCGUAAAAGAGGAGUGAUGCGUAAAAGAGUAAAACUUCUCAAGCUUUUUACUUGUCUAUCACUUCCAGAUCUUAGAGCCUCUUCUUGUGAGACCUGGCCUGCCUCGAGAUCUGGAGGAUGAUCAUGGUGACGAAACAAACCACCAGCAUCAUCCUCCCAGCGCUUGCGUUGCGUAGAGCCUGGAUCCAGUCCCUACUAAAAUCCACAAAGAUGCAAGUUACCAUCGCGACGAUGAAGCCGAUUCCGACACCAAUUUUUAUCACUGGCACCAGCCGCGACCUCUGCAAAAUCAUAGAAAUCCAUUCGAGGUAGAACUUUCGGAAAAAUAAAAUGGAGAACUUUCGAA